GGUAAUUUAUUGGUUUGAGUCACUCUGUUGUGCGACGCGUAAGUUGCCUUAACUUGUAUAGAUUAAAGCUGAUUUUUUUAGCUGGCACUACCCUAGCUCAUAAUUCGGAAAAUUAAGAUGAGUUAUUUAAAAAAAUUUUAUUGGGGUAAUCAAGAGUCUUCAGUAGAACAAAAAAUAGCUGGUAAUCCUGGUAUGGAGAAUUUGAUAUCGCUUGUUAAUCGUCUUCAAGAUGUAUCAACUCGUUCAGGGGUCGCGUUGGAUAUAGAUUUGCCACAAAUUGCUGUUGUCGGAGGUCAAAGUGCUGGAAAAUCCUCAGUACUUGAAAACUUUGUUGGAUGGGAUUUUUUACCAAAAGGAUCUGAAAUCGUUAAUAAAAAAUUCACUGAUUUUGACGAAGUGCGAAGAGAAAUAGAAACAGAAACUGACAGAGUAAUUGGUAGAAAAAGAAUAUCCAAUAUUCCUAUAAAUCUUCGAAUUUUCUCACCUAAAGUGUUGACUUUGACAUUGGUUGACCUUCCUGGUCUAAUGAAAGUCGGUAUUGGUAACAUUGGUAAUCAAGCAAAAGACGUUGAAUCCAGAAUUCGGAAGAUGAUUCUGAAAUUCAUAUCCAAAGAAUCCUGCUUAAUUUUGGCUGUAACGCCUGCCGAUACGGAUUUAGCAAACAGUGAUGCCUUGAAGCUAGCAAAAGAAGUCGAUCCAAAGGGCACAAGGACAAUUGGUGUCAUCACCAAGUUGGAUUUGAUGGAUGAAGGUACCAAUGCUCGUGAUAUUCUUGAAAAUCGAUUAUUGCCAUUAAGACGAGGCUACGUUGGUGUGGUUAACAGAAGCCAAAAGGCGAUUGAAGAUAAUAAAGAAAUUGGUACUGCUAUUGAUUCAGAAAAACAAUUUUUUCAAUGCCACGAAGAGUAUCAACACAUGGCUGACAAACUUGGUACACCUUAUCUACAAAAGAUGUUAAAUCAAGAGCUUUCGAGCCACAUUCGUGAAACGUUACCAGCAUUAAGAAAAAAAUUAUUGGACCAAAUGAAUAUUAUUGAAAACGACAUUAAAGUUGAUGAAUCAGCUGUCAAGACUAAGACAAUGAUUUUGUUACUCAAUCAACUUCAAGUGAUCUUCAGCAACUCAAUUGGCUGUUAUGAGUCCGAUGAUAUUGGAAAAAGUUUGAAUGGUGGAUCCAAGAUCCACCACUUGAUGCACGAACAUUUUCUCCAAGAAAUCGAAAAAAAUAAAUCAAGUGACGAUGAUUUGUGUCAACAAAUUAAACUUGCUAUUUUAAAUAUUCGUGGUGUAAGAUCUGGCAUAUUUACUCCAGACAUGGCUUUUGAGGCUGUUGCCAAACAACAAAUUGUUCUUCUAAAAGAGCCAGCCGUUAAUUGUAUUAGCCAAGUUGUUUCACAACUACACGAAUUGCUCUAUGACUGCACGCAACCAAUGGAUAAGUAUCCAAGAUUACGAGAGAUCGUUGAUGAAAAAUUGAUGCUACAUGUCAGACAGUGUGAGGUAAAAUGUCGAGAGCAGCUCACUGCUCUUUUGGAAUACGAGCUAUCAUAUAUCAACACAAAACACACAGAUUUUGUUGGACUCAAAGGAGUGAAAUCACAAUUAAUUUAUCAUGGAAAGUUUACAUUAAUGGAACUUUCUGAAGGUGAGAAGAAGAAACGUGAUGAUUUAAUACGUAUUCUUCAAUCCAAAAAAAAAAAAAAAAUGGCUGGCAACGCUGGUAAUGCUGGUAAUGCUGGUAACGCUGGUAUGGAAAAUUUGAUAUCUCUUGUCAAUCGUCUUCAAGAUGUGGCGACCCGUUCAGGGGUGGCUAUCGACAUGGACUUGCCACAAAUUGCUGUUGUUGGAGGCCAAAGUGCUGGCAAGUCAUCAGUACUUGAAAAUUUCGUUGGACGGGAUUUUUUACCAAGAGGAUCUGGAAUCGUCACUAAACGUCCCCUAGUCCUACAACUUGUUAAUAUUGCUGGUCGAAACGAAGAAUAUGGAGAAUUUUUGCAUUGUCCCAAUAAAAAAUUCACUGAUUUUGAUGAAAUACGAAAAGAAAUAGAAGUAGAAACGGACAGGUUCAUCAAAGGAAAAGGGAUAUCCAGUGUUCCUAUAAAUCUUCGUGUAUUCUCACCAAAGGUGUUAAAUUUAACAUUGGUUGAUUUACCUGGUCUGACGAAAGUCCCUAUUGGUAAUCAACCAAAAGACAUUGAGUCCAAGAUUCGGAGGAUGAUUCUGAAAUUCAUAUCCAAAGAAUCGUGUUUAAUUUUGGCUGUAACACCUGCCAAUACAGAUCUCGCCAAUAGCGAUGCCUUGAAGCUGGCAAAAGAAGUCGAUCCAAAAGGCACAAGGACAAUUGGUGUCAUCACUAAGUUGGAUUUAAUGGAUGAAGGUACCAAUGCUCGUGAUAUUCUUGAAAAUAGAUUAUUGCCACUGAGACGAGGCUAUGUUGGUGUAGUUAAUAGAAGCCAAAAAGCGAUCGAUGACAACAAAGAAAUAGUGGCUGCCAUCGAUGCAGAAAAACAAUUUUUUCAAUGUCACGAAGACUAUAAACAUAUGGCUGACAAACUUGGUACACCGUAUCUCCAAAAGAUUUUGAACCAACAACUUUCAAGUCACAUUCGUGAAACAUUACCAGCACUAAGAAAAAAAUUACUCGAUCAAAUGGAUAUUUUCGAAAAUGAUAUGAAACCUGAAAACAAAAAUCUUGAUGAAUCAGCUGUUAAGACAGAAACUAUGAUUUUGUUGAUUAAUCAACUUAAAGCAGUUUUCAGCAACUCAAUUGGCUGUUAUGAAUCUGAUAAUAUUGGGAAAAGUUUAAAUGAUGGGUCCAAAAUCCACUACUUAAUGCAUGAACAUUUUUCUGAAGAAAUCGACAAAAUAAAGCUGAGUGACGAUGAUUUAUGUCAACAAAUUAAAAUUGCUAUUUUAAAUAUUCGUGGUGUUAGAUCAGGUAUGUUCACACCAGACCGGGCUUUUGAGGCUGUUGCCAAAGAACAAAUUAUUCUUUUAAAAGAACCAGCCAUGAACUGUGUUAGCCAGGUUGUGUCAAAACUACAUGAACUACUUGAUGACUGUACAGAACUGUUGGAUAAAUAUCCAAGAUUACGUGAGAUGGUUGAUGAAAAAUUAAUGCUACAUGUCAGAAGGUGCAAAGAAAAAUGUCGAAAGCAGCUUACUUCUCUUUUAGAGUUCGAGUUAUCAUAUAUCAACACAAAGCAUAUUGAUUUCGUUGGACUGAAAGGAGUGAAAUCACAAUUAACUCAUCAUCAAGAGGCUGAUGAUAAUGACAAUGAUGAUGAUAAUGAUGAUGAUGAUGAUGGAGAUGGAGAUGAUAAUGAUAAUGAUGAUGCUGAUGAUGAUAUUUAUGAUGAUGAUGAUAGUAAAUUCGAUAUUACAGACAUUCUCAUUGAAGACAUUAAAAAUAAUGGUAUUAUAGAUCGUGAAGUUGAGACAUUUAAAAUUUUGGUUGACUCAUACAUGACGAUUGUCACCAAAACUAUUAAAGAUCUUGUUCCUAAAACAGUGAUGUGCUUGAUCAUCGAAAAGAUCAAAAAAUUCAUCGAUGUGGAUCUCUUGUCUCAGCUGCUUGCUAAAGAAGACAUUUUCACAUUGAUGGAGCUUUGUGAAGGUGAAAAAAAUAAACGUGAUGAUUUAUUACGUAUGUACAACGCUACCAAAGAUGCAUUAAAAAUUCUGAGAGAAGUAUCAUCAUCAAUCUCAAAUACUUAAACAGCAACAGUUCUUUUCGUUAUUAAAUACAAAAAUAUUAAUUUAUUUCUAAGCUGAUAUCACAUUUUUAUUGAUUAAUAGUUUUUCUUACUCAGUCCCACAAUUAAUAUUUUGUUGAGCAUCUUAUUACAUCUGAGCUUAUUAUUUUGUUACCAAGGUAGAUUGAUUUUGCACGGGUA